AUGACUGUCCCAAAUGAUUUGACCCAUCGAGGUCCAUCCGGCCAACAUUACUCCCUCGAGGAUCGAUUUGAAGUAUUGAAGGAAAUUGGCGAUGGUAGCUUUGGUAGCGUCGUUCUGGGUAGAGUCCGAACCGCUGGUGCCAAUGUUGCCCGCCGAGGUACAGUGGUUGCUAUCAAGACUAUGAAAAAGACAUUCGAGUCCAUAACGCCAUGCCUGGAACUCCGAGAGGUCGUGUUCCUGCGUACGCUACCCCCACAUCCUCACCUGGUUCCCGCUCUCGACAUCUUCCUGGAUCCUUUCACUAAGAAGCUCCAUAUCGCCAUGGAGUACAUGGAGGGUAACCUCUACCAGCUGAUGAAGGCUCGCGAUCACAAGUGUCUCGAUAACGCUAGUGUGAAGAGCAUCCUCUUCCAGAUUAUGCAGGGCCUCGAACACAUCCACUCUCAUCACUUCUUCCAUCGCGACAUCAAGCCCGAAAACAUUCUUGUCACCACUUCCGGCCAUAAUGACUCUGGCAACACAUUUCGACGAUACUCAGCUCUCGUUACUCCUCCUUCAACACCACCCACAUACACUGUCAAGAUUGCCGAUUUCGGUCUCGCCCGAGAGACCCACUCCAAGCUUCCCUACACUACCUACGUAUCAACAAGAUGGUACCGAGCACCCGAAGUUCUCCUACGAGCAGGAGAGUACUCCGCACCCGUUGAUAUCUGGGCAGUAGGUGCUAUGGCAGUCGAGAUCGCUACGCUCAAGCCACUGUUCCCUGGUGGAAACGAGGUCGAUCAAGUCUGGAGAGUGUGCGAAAUCAUGGGCAGCCCUGGUAACUGGUUCAACAAGUCGGGCAACCGUGUUGGCGGAGGCGACUGGCGUGAUGGCACCAGACUCGCCGGGAAGUUGGGCUUUUCCUUCCCCAAGAUGGCUCCUCAUGCUAUGGACACCAUCCUGCAAACACCCCAAUGGCCUACUUCACUCAGCCAAUUUGUUACUUGGUGCUUGAUGUGGGAUCCCAAGAACCGACCAACUUCGUCACAGGCUCUUGCCCACGAAUACUUUGCUGAUGCUGUUGAUCCUAUGCGACCCAAGUCUUCCGCUUCACGAAUCCUCGGACGCAAGCAGUCUGAUCUCAGCCGCAGCAGCAAGGAGGCUUCUACCACCCCAACAUCGGUCAAGCAAUCUUGGUUCCGCAAGUCGCUCAUUGGUCGUUCAGAAAGCACCGAUCUUGCUACCAUGCAAACACAGGUCAAGGAAGCCACUGCUCCUCGACCCGCCCCUGUCCAUGCCGCUUCAGCCACUGAGGUGACAAACAGCAAGACACGCCCAGCUGCUGGAAAGAGAACUACCUGGACCAACGGUCCCUCCAACGUGGCACCUAUGCCGAUACUUCCAACUGCGAGGCCUAUCUCACCAAUCCCUGAUGCUGUAAAUGCCCGCGCCGACAACGUCAACAACGACACUUACGCUAAUGGACAUGGCCAGGGCAAGACCAAGAAACUUGGGCGACAGCUCUCUGUCGCUUCAAGCACAAACAACUACACCGAAAUGCAUCGGCAACAAGCCGAACGUGCACUCAAUGGGAAUUCUGGCCUCGCCUCCCCUCCGAGUGGCCAGAAGGAGAGCUUCUUUUCACAUCUCCGAAAACGUGCGAGGCGGUUCUCUGGACGACAUCAGACCCCCGUCUCACCCUCCUAUGACGACGACGACCUGGAGGCCCAGGUUGGAUGUGGCCCUUGGGCUAGCAACCGGUCGUCCAUGGUUAUUGACCAAUCGCAACAACAGGCUCCCAUUCCUAAAUCCGAGGUCUACGAAUCUCUGGACAAGGCCCUCCGAGAUGUUCAGAACAACCUUGAUUCGCGACCUCCCGUUCCGCCCGCUCACCAGAUCUCGCCUACCAGUACCCUCAAGCGACAUCACUCGCUACCUCAACAUCAAGCCCGGUCAGUAGACAACUUGAUUGGCGCAGCUCGGGGUGGUCCAAUUUCUAGCCGAACCCGACGAGCUCAAGCAACCCAUGGCGUGCAUCAGUACGAGGCUCCUGAUGAGGAGGAAGAGCUCAUGGACGAGGUUAUGACCUCAACACAACGAGUUGUGAAGCGUAUGGAGCAGAACGCUGGCAAGCCUCUCCGACAAUCUGCCAGCAACAUCGGGUUGAUGAACCCAUAUCCUACGCCCUCGCCUUCAGCCAACGGUAAUCAGGUCCUAUUUGUUGAUGGCCAGGCUGUCACUCCUAAGCCCCUCGACCUCAACAAGAAGACCGAUAACCAAUACAAGUGGCCCACGCCGCCUUACGAGGAGAGUGAAUGGGCGGCAUCAGCAGCAGCCAGCAUAUGGGCAGCUGGUAGCCGUUUCUAA